UUGAAUUGGAGGAAAAAGGGAGAAAGAAGCGUCAGCAAAGAGGACAGCGUUCGUGCGUGCUCGUAAUUUUGUAUACGUAUGGUAUACAACAAGGAAGCAAUCGGAGUUUAGUUGUUUAUUAGUGUCGAAAAAAAAAAAAAAAAAAAAAAAAAAACAAGGGAGAGAGAAAGAGCAUUUUUUUUUAAAGCAUUCGCUCUUGUUUGCGGGCAUCCGUACACUGUACGCCUACGGUAUUUAAUUGUAAACUUAACUCUUUCUGUAACUCAACACUUACUCAUGUACUGAUGUUUGGUUGUCCGUAUGCUACAUGGAAUAUCUGUCACGCACUCGGGCAACAAUGUGCGGAUACUGCGGGAGGUACUGAAAAAAAGUUUCAGACAGAAUCCAAACCCAGUGCGUCGACGAACGAAUCUUGUGCAUUUUGUAUGGCUUGUGCUGUCUCUCUGCUGAACUCUGCUCUGGUUCAUUUUACAUAUAUAUAUAACCUGAAUGCCCCAGCGUACGCGCGCGCGCGUGUGUAUGUGUGUGUCUAAGUAGUGUGUGUUGUGAAAUAAUCACUAAAAUCUGCUGAUAUCUGAUAUAGACUAUAUGGAGGCGUGUGGCGUAAAUAAGUAACGAUAGACGCUUCUAAUGCACGUGCAGAGUGUAUCAGCACUUUGGGACAAUCUGCAGCCAAUUACAAAGCUCCGUGUGAGUAUAGGUUGUUGUGCUGCAUCAGGUGCUUGAAUCAUCAUCGUCGUACCAAAGUGCAACCUAGCUACCUAGCUAUCAGAAAGAGAAGAAGGGAAAGUGUGGAAAAUCUUUGCUGCGCGCCGAGUCGCGCAUAAAUGAGUGCCAGGACGGGAGGCCAGAUUUCUUUUUCUUCUGCUGUUAAUUCUUCGACCUCUUCGAAAACAACCAGGAAUUCCAGCCGUAACAGCAGUAUAGUACAAUUAGGAGGGCACACGACGACCAUCAGCAGGAACAGCAGCAGAAACAGCAACAGCAGAGGUGCUGGAGGAGGAGGGUAACAUGGGUGUUGGUCUGAAGCCGCUCGAGUUCACGGAUUGCCUCACGGACAGCCCCUACUUCCGCGAGAAUCUCCAUUAUCACGAGCGCGAGCUCGAAAAGACCAGCCAGCAGAUCAAACGGCUCAUCAAGGAAGUAAAGGAUCUGCUCUCAGCUGCCAAAAAUCUAUCCCGAGCUCAGAGGGCAUUCUCAAAUACUCUGCAAAACUUCAGCUUUGAAUGUAUUGGUGAAACACAGACUGAAGAUGAAUUACACAUAUCCCAAAGUCUGAAGGAAUUUGGUAAACUCAUUGCAUUGAUCGAAGACGAGCGUGGUCGCAUGUUGGAACGUGCGUACGAUCAAAUUAUACUGCCACUAGAAACGUUUAGAAAAACACAAAUAGGUGGUGUCAAGGAGGGAAAGAAAAAGUUUGAGAAACAGACGGUUAAAUUUUGCCAAAGUCAAGAACGAUAUUUAAAUUUGUCUACUAAAAAACAAGACAAUGUUCUUCAAGAGGCGGACGCGACACUGGAUAUGGCUGAGAGGCAUUUUUGCCAGGCAAGCCUAGAAUAUGUUUUUUUGCUCCAAGAGGUACAAGAGCGCAAAAAGUUUGAAUUCGUAGAAACACUUCUGAGUUUUAUGUUUGGUUGGUUAACAUUUUAUCACCAAGGACACGAAGUAGCUAAAGACUUUAAACCUUAUAUGACUGAGUUGCAGUACAAGAUACAAAAGACUAGAGAAAAUUUCGAUGCUACGCGGGAUAAAACAGAGUCCCUCAUGAAUAAAAUGAAGGACGUAAAAAAGUCUGCCAUCGAAAGCGGCCCUAACAAACUAUACACCAGAGAAGGUUAUUUAUACCUUAUAGAAAAGAAGGCUUUUGGAACCACUAUGACAAAACAAUAUUGCACAUAUCAAAAAGAUAAAAAGGAAUUUACUAUGAUACCUUAUAAUCAGCUCACAGGCAAAUUUAGCAAUAAAGAUGUUUUUACUCUCGCAUCCUGUGUACGACGCACGUCCGAGUCGAUAGAGAAACGAUUUUGUUUUGACGUUACUGCCGUUGGAAGAUCUGGCAUUGUAUAUACAUUCCAAGCUCUCUCUGAAGACGAUAAAAAAAGUUGGAUGGAUGCAAUGGAUGGACGAGAACCUGUUCCUUCUUUACAAAAUCCGUUGGCAAAGCCGGAUGAAAAUGUAAUCGAUGCGACUGGUUUAAUGUUCAUUUCGAGAUGCAUUCAAGUGCUAGAAGAAAGAGGUUUAGAAGAGCAGGGACUUUACCGAGUAGUCGGUGUGGCUUCGAAAGUAAAUAAACUACUCACAAUGGGCCUUGACAGAAGGAAAUUGGAAAAGCUGAAUUUGGAAAAUCGCUAUGAGUGGGAAAGCAAGACAAUCACUAGUGCUCUAAAAACUUACUUAAGAACUCUUUCUGAGCCCCUUAUGACUUUUGCAAAUUAUGAUAGUUUUAUUAUGGCAGCGAAACAAGAAUCGAAAGAACAACGAAUCAACGACAUACAUGUACUGGUAUAUCGCCUCCCAAAGCCCAACCACAAAGUUCUUAUAAUGCUCAUCAAUCAUCUUCAUANUGAUUACCUAUUUAGAGUUUCUUGA